UAUAUAUAUAUAUAUAUAUAUAUAUAUAUACACACACACACACACAAAUACGUUAUAUACAGUCAAUAUGAAUGGUUACAGUCAUGGUGUCGAUAGCAGAAACUUCUCUUUGUUGAUAACUGACAUUUUUUCUGCGAGCGUCCUAAGUUCUUCUGCCUUGAUGGCCUGCACCCCAGCAGAGUUGGAGCAGUGCUAUCAGACAACAUCUCUAGGAUGCUUCACACCAUCUGACUGGUGUGCAGGUCUGAUGUGGAGAGUGUAUGGACGACGUCAACUCGUCCUGAAGGCUGGAAAUCUGCUGUCAAAGCUGGUUCAUGCAUUCAUCUGUUCUUCUUAGGUUUGACCCUGACAGCACGCCGUAAUGUUUGUGUUUGGUGGUCACCAAAAUGGCGGACGAGCUGGACAGAGUACGAAUUUCUGAGGCUGAGCUACGGGCAGAGGCGUCGAGUAUUGUUACGUCUAACGACGACCUGAAAGAAGUGCAAAAGAUGAGUAAAAAACAAAGUCAUCGAGAGGGGAAAAGGCCAGACCUCCUGAGGUACAAUCCAGGCACAGCUCAGACAAGCAGAUGCAAGGAUCAACAUGAAGAAGACGUAUUAAAAAUUUUCACUGAGUUUGCAUACACUUUACAGGAGUCUGUGCCAGAUUCAGCCAUUGAAAUGCCUGCCAGCUCUCUAUCAGGUUUAGGCUUGAAAUUAAGUAGCAGUGGUAGCCAGUCUGAACUGAGCAAUUUAUAUUGUAAUGAUAGUAGCACAACUUUAAUUAAUCAACAUGGAAGGAGAAACACUGUUAAAAAUAAUGAAUCAAGCACUGGAACUGAUUCUCAAAAACAACGGAAAAUGCGCAAACCUGAUCGUGAGAUAUACCGGCCAUGCGGGCGACGGGUUCAGGGUUGUAGAGACUAUGGCCCAACCAAGGUAUUAGAGCAGGUAUCACAAGAUGUGUUCAAAGCAAAGGAUACUGGAAGUAAUGAGUUGAGAGGCCAGGUUGAUUUAUGUGAGAAUGUACCUCUGAAAGAGGAAAAAAGAAAAGGGAGGGAAAUAAAGGAAGGCUGGAAGAAACUAGGAAAUGAAACAAGAUUAGACCUUUCUUCUGCAAACAUUGAUCUGCCCAUUGCUGAAAAUAUAACUGAUAAAAUUAAGGAACUUGACAUUAAGAGCCCCACAGCUGUAAAUAAACAAAAUAAGGGUGAAAAUACGAAUACAAAAAUAAAGUUAAGUGGUGAGGGCUUGAAGAACAGAACAGGAAGAGGAGUGAGAGGAACAGGUGAAGUGAAGGAGAAGAAGAAGGAAAUGGAAAAACAAUGGUCCAGAGGAGCCAGGGAAAGAGGGUCUAAUCAAGCUUCAGAAAAGAGGAAGGAGGGAUUCGAAAAAUUUUUACUGACACACCAGCUAGAGAAAAACAGUGACCCAGUGGUACAAGAAAUAUUUCAGUGGUGUGCAAAAGGAAAAGAUUAUAGCCAACAAACAAACGUGAAAAAAGCAAAACACGGAGGCAGUCAGCAAAUCGAGAGUGAAAGCGAGAGGCUCAGAAAAGCUCAAGGAACACAACAUAGCAAAGUUAAUUGUUCUUCAAAACGCUAUUCAAAAUCAACUAUCAGACGGCCUCGUAACCGGACCUAUAGCUCAAGUUCAUCCAGCAGUGGUAUCAGCGUCAAUGAGCCAGUAGAUGAAACAUACAGGACUAAAGCAGAAAGUGGGUUAGGAGUAAGAGGGCCCAUACAUAAGUCUCAUGAAAGAAUGAUUGAGGAGCUGUGCCAGGCCACAUCAGAUGAGCCCAGACAAAGAAGAAGGACAGCUAAAGAAAUGUCAUCCACAGAUUCCUUUGAUGAGAAUGAGGGAAUGGAGCAAGUUAGAAGAAGUGGACUUAAAGCUAAAGAUAUGUUCUCUGAUGACAGUAGAAUAUUAAAAGGAAAUACCAGAGGAUUGAGUGAAGUUUUGACUGCUGGUCAAGGAGGAGUCUUGAGAGUUUCUUUGAACAGACAGUCUUGCACAGCCUCAGGAACCAAGGAGGACCAUAUCAAGUGCAAAACUCAAAACCGUAGAGGCAGAGGCAGAGGCAUUUUGGUACUCCCAACGAACACUGAAAUAAACACAUUCUCAGAACCUGGACCUCGGCUUAUGUGUGGGACAAGAAGCAGUACAGGUCUAAGUAGAGGAAGAGGAAGUCGUGGUGGAAGCACCAGGCGGCUGUGGGACCCCAAUAACCCUGAUAAAAAACCAGCUCUGUCAGGCAGUCAGCAAUCACAGCAAUCAUUACUUAGACAGCCACUGUAUUUGCAGCAUCAAGGUGGAUAUGGGCCACUGCAUUUUCUGGACACUGAUGAUGAAGCUGCUGGGAGCCCUUCUGUGCACCAGGGGGAGGACUGUCAAAGCCAUCAUGCUGCCACCAUGGGCUACUACAAAUAUCAGAAUUCCGACAACCCUUAUCGCUACCCUUUACCAACCAACAGUCCAAAUACAACUCAAUUUUACACCUAUACAUACCAGCUCCCAUAUCAGUUAACUGGCUCUAAUGGGAUGUUCCCAAAUCCAGGUGUGGCACCAUUUUAUGGAGUGUAUGGUCACAGUGGUCAAGUUUACCCAUCAACAGGCAUCACCUUUAGCCUAGAGGAGACAGAGGUACAGACAAGAGGGGAACUCAGUAAACAUCUGCGAAUGGCUGACAGUCAGGAACACCAGCUCAGCAACCUUUUGUCCCGGGAACGACUCAGUCGAGAAGGACUAGACAGAAUGGCCCAGCUGAGAGCUGAGCUUCUAACAUUGUAUGAGAAUAUAAUUCUAACAGACAUCGAGUUCUCUGAUACACUGAAUGUGGACCAGUUACUAUGGAAGAAUGUAUUUUAUCAGGUCAUUGAAAGAUUCAGACAACUUUUAAAGAACCAUGAUUCAGAUACAACUCCCCAGAUCAGGGCCAUGCUUCUAAGCAUACUGGAAGAGGGGGAAAUGUUUUUUGAUUCACUGCUGUUGAAGUUACAAACUGUAUUCAAUUUUAAACUAGAAGACUACAUGGAUGGAAUGGCAAUACGUGCAAAACCUCUACGAAAAACUGUGAAAUAUGCUUUGAUUAGUGCCCAGCGGUGUAUGAUCUGUCAAGGAGAUGUCGCAAGAUACAGAGAACAAGCUAAUGAUUCUGCUAAUUAUGGAAAAGCACGCAGUUGGUACCUAAAAGCGCAGCAGAUUGCACCAAAAAAUGGACGACCAUACAACCAGCUUGCUGUGUUAGCAGUGUACACCAAGCGGAAGCUGGAUGCUGUGUAUUAUUACAUGCGUAGCCUAGCAGCUAGCAACCCAAUCCUCACAGCCAAGGAAAGCCUGAUGAGUCUGUUUGAAGAAGUCAAGCGCAAGGUUGAACAGAUAGAGCACAGGCUGAAAGAGGAUGUUGAAAGUGGCACACAUGGCCCACGGGGGCAUGGAACAGUUUGGAGUCAGGAUGCCACCCGGGUGGAAAUCUGGUUGCACCCUUCUGUACGUUCUACAAUUGUAUCUCGCGUUGAAGGCAGCGAGUCAGGCAGAUACUCAGAGCAAGAUGGAGGGCUGUGGGAACUGAACGCAAGUGAUCUCAAUAAGAGAUUUGUUUUGAGUUUUCUCCACACUCAUGGAAAGCUCUUCACUAAAGUGGGGAUGGAGAGCUUCCCAUUUGUGGCAACUCGUCUGUUGGAGGAGUUUAAGGCCCUGCUCCAGCAUAGCCCCUCUCCUCUCGGAAAUACACGCAUGCUUCAGAUAAUUACAAUCAACAUGUUCACCAUUCACUAUGCCCAGACCAGAGAUAAAGGACAGGGAGAGGGACGUUCAAUAUUGGAAGACCAGUCUACUUCUUUGGGUUUGGCCAUGUUUGGGCUACUGGUGCAGCGUUGCACUAAACUUCUUAAAGAAACACCUGCAGAGCCUAUUCCAUUGGAGGAGGUUGAUGAUGAAUUGGAGCCCAUGGUGCGAGUGUCCACUUUUCCAACCGACUUGCGAGAACUCCUGCCCAGCAUUAAAGUAUGGUCUGAUUGGAUGCUGGGCCACCCAGAGCAAUGGAACCCUCCACCAUGCAAUUUUGAUGGCAGUCCUGAUGUGUGGCAGUGCCUUGCAGAAUUUUGUAAUUCCUUGGCAUCUGUAUAUCAUGGUGAGAUUCCACUCUUCAAGGCAGAUGCUGAUGGAGAGAGUGAUGAGUUGCGGUUGUUGGUGCUGGAGGAGGACAGGAUGCUGGCUGGGUUUGUCCCCUUGUUGGCUGCUCCACAAGAGCCAUGCUAUAUUGAGCCCCAGUCGGAUACUGCCAUGGCAGCUGACUGUAAGAGAGUGACUGUGCUAAAAUACUUUCUUGAAGCCCUUUGUGGCCAGGAGGAACCUCUGCUUGUCUUUAAAGAUGGAAAGUAUGUUUCCAUACCAUCGCUGGACCCUCCCAGCCAAGCAGCUGAUCACAAGACCCAAUUGCAACACAAUGAUCCAUAUCAGGACAACUGUAUGAUCAGGGAGGAAAUAACACUAUCCACGUCAGAAGGAGAAAUUGAUGAAGGGAUGGAUGAUAAUGACAAUGAGAAUGAUAUCCGAGAGCUGAGAGCUCGGCGCUGUGCUUUAGUGCACAAACUAGCAGAACAACAGAAACGGAUAGAGAAAAUUAAGGCUGUGUUACAAACUGGAAGUCAGCUGGAGCUACAGAUCAGGCCAAUCUAUCUUGUUCCUGACACUAACUGCUUUAUUGAUCACCUGGAGGGAUUGAGAAGACUGUUAGUGUGUGGCACAUACAUAUUGGUGGUUCCACUAAUAGUGAUCACAGAACUGGAUGGCUUGGCUAAAGGUCAAGAGUGCCAUAAUGUAGACUCAAAAGGUGAAGCAGCCCAUGCCAGGACAGUGCAGGAAUGUGCUAAAGCAGCAGUGUAUUUCUUGGAAAAGAGCUUUGAGGCCAGAGAGCCUGGUCUGAGAGCAAUCACUAGCAGAGGAAACCAGUUAGAGUCAAUAGCCUUCCGUAGUGAGGACACCUCUGGACAUAAGGGCAACAAUGAUGAUGUGAUUUUGUCUUGCUGCCUGCAAUACUGUCAAGACAAGGCUAAGGACUUUAUACCUGCUCAGAAAGAUGGACCUAUUCGUCUUCAAAGGGAAGUGGUUUUGCUCACCGAUGACCGUAAUUUGCGUGUAAAAGCUCUAUCAUGGAAUGUUCCAGUUCGAGACCUCCCUGCCUUCCUAAGCUGGGCUAAAGUGGGUUGAACUAAGAGUACAGACUUCCUGAUAAUAAAACAAUGCUCAUCACCCACUGCAACAGCAUGGGGAGCAAGAAAGAGGCACAGAAGCAGCGAAAGGGAGUAUGUUUGGGAGAGUAGAAAUCAUCAAAGCUUUUUUGUAAGUAAGAGAAAAAGCAAAUAAUGCAGAAUUCCUUUUUUUUUUUUUUUAAGGAGAUGAGUUUCAUUAUCCUCAUAAGAAUAAAGUAUUGAGAGUAGCAGGAGAGUAUUUUAGUGAGACAAACUGCACUGACCAGAGUCCUGUCCCUAUUAGUUUGAUAUAUUUUGUGUGUGGGACAGAACAAAAAUUCCUACACUGUACAUGUUAGCUAUAAUUACUAAAAAUAAAGAAGCUUCAUUUAGGAGAGGUGGGAAAGAGGUCUGUUAAACCAGACCGAAUUUGAUGGAAUGUUUGGGAGAUUUUUUGUGUCAUCUUUUGUUUCUGUUCUACAAGGUCUUAAAAACAUGUAUAAACAAUUUGAGCUUGAUUUUAUACACACAACUAAAAUCAACCAUACACUUAA